CCGAAGACGUGUUAACUCCUAAUUCAUUGUCACAUACUUCAAGAUUAACGCAACUCAGUUCACGAAUAUUCACAAUAAACGAUAAUUGAUAUCAGGAAGCUAACGUAAAAAACCAGUUGAUUUCUACAAGGUCAUCGGCAGUGGUUAGAUAUUAAGCAGUUGCCACGGUGAAAGCCGCCGCGGAUUACAACUUUUUUUACUACGGUUGGUAUUUUUGUCGAACUACUCAAUGCUGUAUACAUUUUCAUUCGAAAUUUUUGAAAAUAUCUUCAAUUUUACGUGUGGAUUUAGUUGGCUUGAAAAAGAAAGGAAUAGUUCUAAAUUCUUUUUUGUCUGCUCACAAUGACAGACGAGUUAACGUCUUCACCCGAAGAUGACAUUUUCGUAGAUAAAGGAGAACUUUUACGAGAAGAAUACACUAACUUAAGUAAUGAGAUUGAAGCAAUUUCCAAAGAAAUAUUAGACAUACAAAAUGAAUUAUUGCUCACUGAGCAUUUUAUCCAGGAGCAAGAAAUUAAAAAUAAUGAAUAUAACUCGUAUUUGGAGAAAAAACAGUCAAAACGUUUGAAAAAUUCAGUAACGUUAGAAGAUUAUUAUUUGUUUACUGUGAAUGAACUAGAGAGAGAUAGAGAUGAAAUGUUGACUAUGUUCGCUAAAAGAAAGUCCGAAUUACAGGAUGUUCUACUACAGGAGAAAAAACUGCUGAAGAAUGCCAGAGAAAAAUUGGUAUCAACAGCAGAUAUUCAAUUGGUUCGUCAAAAACAAGAAGCAGAAAUUGAACGUUUAGAAAAAGAAAUAAAAACUACCCGGAAUUACCAGUCAGAAAAACUUCAACAACUUAAAGAGAUAUCUAAACGGAAACGUUUGGAGUUGGAAAAAGAAGCUAAGAUUAUCUUGGAUAAUGUGUCUGAAAACAGUAGAAAGAUUUCAAACAAGUUGAUUGUUGAACAUGUUAAUAAGAUAUGUAGAGAAAAUGAAGAAUUGUAUAAAAAUAUCCUGAAUAAAUCGGAAUUAAUAAAAGCUAUGGAAGCGGAAAAAUCGAACUUGGAGAAACAAAAUGAAGAAGUCAGAAAUAAUCAGUUGUUUGCCAAGGUGAGAUUAUGUUUUAGGCUUAUUUUUUACAACUACUAUUCGAUAAGAAAAGUAGUGUUAAAUCUCUUGUGAGAAUAAACUGAUCUAACUAAGAAACUAUAACAAUUUGACAUAUCUUUUCAGUAUUUUCAUAAAUGAAGUUGACUACUGUACAAAUUUGACGAAACUAAGGGUACUGAAGAGGACCAAAAUAAAAAGAAAGGUAGUAUAAUUAUAAAUAGUAGAAAAUUGAGGGUUUUCAGGUUUUAAUGAAAGAUGAAAUUGUGUUUUUUUUCUAGUUUCCACGGAUCAAUAUUUAUUAAUCUAGCUAGACUGUCAUUGAUUCCAUACAUCACGCUGAAUACCAGUACGCUAAUGAACCUCAUGAAUACAUUCAUCUGACGAGACUGGUACUUUUUGCAAACCUUUUUUAAUUUCGAAUGAUAGAUACUCCAGAUAGUUUGUCACUUGAUCGAACUUAAUUACCUGAAUAUCCACUUUUACCUUAUUCCUAAAGGAUUGGAAAAAUAGACUGUAUAAACACUUCACACUAUUUUUCUGCGAAUCAGAUAUUUUGUGGUAACAUGAUACAAUAGGAAAUGCAGUUGUCUGUGUAACUUGUUUCGAACUUCGACUUGCAAUUGUUUCUCUCAUUUUACUUUACUUUUAGGAACUGGAGUAUAUUGAAUAUAAACGUUGUGAAGGCUUAUCACAACUCAAAAGUUUAUCAGCACAGAAAUAAUACAGCAUUAAAUUGUCGUCAA